UCUCUCUCUCUCUCUCUCUCUCUCUCUCUCUCUCUCUCUGCAUCUAGAGAGAGAUGAGAUAUUUGCAGUGAAACCAGGUCAUCGAUGGCGUUUCACAACCACCUCUCGCACGAGAUGGCACUUCAGCAUUUCACACACCAGCAUUUAGGGGAAAAUACAGCGGUCUUACGGAGUAUUUUACCAGAGCAGCUCGGUCAGUCUUCGUCGGAUGCUAACGCCGGUGCCGGAAAAGACCAGAAGGAUUUGCAGAGAUUGAUGAUCGAGACUGCUGGAAAAUCACAACAGCAACAACAACAACAACCAUCGCAGCUCGGUGGAGGAGGUAGUGGUGGACCAACGUGGUUGAACAACGCAAUUCUCCGGCAGCAGAACCAGUACGUUGACGGAAGCUUUCUUCACUUGCAGACCAAUUCGGACUCGAAUUCUGGCGCUUCGACCCAGUGGCUUCCACGGCAGAUGCUACAACGGAACACAAGUGAUGUCGGUGGUGGUGACGAUGUUCCGGUGUCUAGUGACUCGAUGAUUGCAGCUGCGAUAUCGCAAGGUUCGGCCGAUAUAAACGCUAAUAAUGAUAACAGAAACAGUGGUAACAACCAGAACCAUGGGGACAAUAGCGGUGGUGGGGAGUUGGCCGAGAGCGAAGCUGGAGGUGGAGGGGACGGAGUUGGUCCUUGGCAGAAUGCAAAGUAUAAAGCUGAUAUAUUGUCUCAUCCGCUUUAUGAGCAGCUUCUCUCGGCGCAUGUAGCGUGCCUGCGUAUUGCAACACCGGUUGAUCAGUUGCCAAGAAUUGAUGCGCAGCUUGCUCAGUCGCAGCAUGUUGUCGCCAAGUAUUCGGUUCUCGGACAUGGUAAUCAGCCGCUUGUGGGAGACGAUAAGGAGCUUGAUCAGUUUAUGACACAUUAUGUUCUACUGCUUUGUUCCUUCAAAGAACAACUGCAGCAGCAUGUUCGUGUCCAUGCAAUGGAAGCAGUUAUGGCUUGCUGGGAGCUUGAGCAAUCUCUACAAAGUCUAACAGGUGUAUCCCCAGGUGAAGGAACAGGUGCAACAAUGUCAGAUGAUGAUGAUGACCAGGCAGAUAGUGAUACUAACUUGUUUGAUGGAAGCUUGGAGGGGCCUGACAGCAUGGGUUUCGGCCCUCUUAUCCCUACUGAGAGUGAGAGGUCCUUAAUGGAGCGUGUGAGGCAAGAGCUGAAGCAUGAGCUGAAACAGGGUUACAAGGAGAAGAUUGUGGACAUAAGGGAGGAAAUUCUCCGGAAGAGAAGAGCAGGAAAACUCCCAGGAGACACUACCUCACUCUUAAAAGCCUGGUGGCAGUCACAUUCAAAGUGGCCAUACCCAACAGAGGAAGACAAGGCAAGAUUAGUACAGGAAACUGGGUUGCAAUUAAAGCAAAUUAACAACUGGUUCAUUAACCAGAGGAAAAGGAACUGGCAUAGUAACCCCUCAUCUUCUACAGUUUUGAAGAGCAAACGGAAGAGAAGUAAUGCAGGUGAAAACAGUGGCGAACGCUUGAUGUAGAUAAUAUUCUGCUCGCAUUUGAUCCCCAAACAAACAAAUGUUCCCUCCAUGCUUCCAAAUCCAGUGGGUGAUUCGGCAUAUGGCUGCAUGAGGACACUGCAGAGGUCCACAUGGAGAUAUUAAUAUUGCUUAUACACUGAAGCCUAGUAUGGUAGAUGAGGCGGUUUUCUAUUAUUUGCGAGUGGUUGCUGCUGUGAACACUGAGCACAGUUCGAUGCCAAUUGACAGGUAUGCAUGCAGUCACACGAUACCUAUGAUGCAUGUUGUGCUAUAUUCUUCAGGUUCAAAUUGGGAAAAAAAAUAUAUAAUAUUGUAAUAGAGCCUUCUUCGUGGAUAUUUUCUUUCUCCUUGUGUAGGCAGAUUUGAGAAAUCCUUUCGACAUGUGAAUAGUUAUAGUAGCAGGUUGUGGGUGUACAGUGUAAUAAUCUUGUGCAUGUUUCUUCUCCAAGCAAUUCAACUAGCUACUAUUGCAUGUCACAAUAAAAUGCUGCAAAUAUAAAAUGCUCUU